GCAGCGGCUCCAUGUGUGUUGAGGCGCAUUAUUUGGCAACAGACACGGCAGCGGGGAGGGCCGAAAAAAAGAGGAUAUCCCCUUGAUUUAAAAAAGCAACGAUUUAUCCAGGUUAACAGCAGAUUAAACAUUUCUUGGUCGACCAUCGGCGACGAGCGGGCGACAAAGCGACCGAGGUACCUAAUGAACAGACCGGUUGGUGGAGUUCCGUGGUUUCUGAAUGAAAGCAAAAAUUACCUUAUAAACAGGAUCUUCCCAUCUUUGAAGGGGAUGUCUGAAGAGGCCGUCCGCCAGACGCGCAGCCAGAAGAGGGCGCUGGAGAGGGAUGCAACACCGCAGACUACAGAACCUCACAGUCCUGACAAUGGAAGCAAAAAGCCCAAGCUGGAGCAGUGUCAACCCACAGCCCAGGAGGCAAUUUCACCUAAACCCGAAUCAGAACUGGAACAUGAUGAUCAGAGUCUGCCCGGGACUGGAUCAAACGAGGAACCGGGGCAGUUGACGCCACCGGUGGAAUCUGAGCCAGUGAAAGACGAAGCCGGUCACGAAGCGAGCUCGGACAAUCAAACUGGACGGAACGACAGAGCUAAUAGGGAGCUGACGGCGGAGAAGGAUGUGGAUACCGUGAGCCGACUCCAGCCCACAGAGCCCAAAGUGUCCGCUGGCUUGUUGGCUGCCAGCGAGGUGAAGGCUACCAUCAAAGUGGAAAUCCAGACUGGAGAGCAGCCCGUGGACAUGAGCACUUCCAAAGGUAUAAAAAGGGAGACACGGCCUCCAUCCCCCGAAGAGGAUGAUGAUGAUGACGUCAUCAUCUUGUCAGAUAACGACUCCCCGAGUCCACCUAUGAAUGGCCUGAACCACUUGAAGGACCUGGACACAGACCUCCUCAUGAAGAGCAGCCCAGGCGAACGGGAGCGCAUCAUUAAGCAGCUGAAAGAGGAGCUGAGGCUGGAGGAGGCCAAGCUGGUGCUGCUCAAGAAACUCCGACAGAGCCAGUUACAAAGGGACACGCUUCAGAAGGGUUCAGGGCUGUCCAGCUCCUCCGUUCCACCUCCUCUAAUAUGCGGGACAAUUGCAAGCAGCAAAGGCUCACAGCAGAUCGUGUCCGGUAGAAGUUCAAGCACGGUCAUACCUCCGCCUUUGGUGCGUGGUGGGCAGCAGAUGUCAUCUAAACAUGGCUCACAGAUCAUCAUGCCACCUCUGGUCAGAGGAGCACAGCAGAUCCAGGCUCUCCGCCAGCAGCAGCAGCAACAGCAGCAGCUGGCAGCCUCUGGAGGUGGUGGCUCAGGGGGGCCGCCUCCCUUGCUGCUGGGUGCCAGGAACUCAGCCCCUGCUGGCCAGGGUCAGAGAAGCAUGUUGCAAGCAGGCCUCAUCAGAGUUGGAAAUUCUGCAAACUCAUUGGGCUCAUCAGGUUUGAAGAUUUCCUCCUCAGGAAGCGGCGUCGUGUCUCUAGUGGGUGCCCAUGAUAGUCCAGCCAGCCGCCAAGCUGCGGCCAAACUGGCUCUGCGGAAGCAACUCGAGAAGACGCUCCUGGAAAUCCCCCCUCCAAAGCCCCCUGCUCCAGAGUUUAACUUCCUUCCUUCAGCAGCCAAUAAUGAGUUCAUCUACCUGGUGGGACUUGAAGAAGUGGUCCAGAACCUGCUGGAUACCAUUCACAGAGGAAAGACGGGGGCGCCUCCAUUCAAGCCCACCCUCAGAGACCCCAACAUGUGCACCCAGUGCAACACCGACUUCACGUGCAGGUGGAGACAGGACAAGGCCAAAGGAGGCACCGUCCUCUGCGAAGACUGCAUGUCCUCCAAUCAGAAGAAGGCCCUGAAAGCCGAGCACACCAGCAGGCUUAAAGCCGCGUUUGUCAAAGCGCUGCAGCAAGAGCAGGAAAUCGAGCAGCGGAUCAUUCAGCAGACGUCGUCGUCCGCCUCUCACGGAAGCUCGUCGUCCGCUUCGUCACUGAAGGCGGAGCAUCUGGUGUCUCAGCAGCUCAAGCAGGUCCGAGCGGCCUCCAUGCACCGAGGGGCCAACGUCAUCCACCAUCACUCCAUCAAGGGCUCCCCGGGCCAGCUCUCCCACAGCGGCAUCCGGGGCGUCCCCCACUCCUUCUCCUCCUCCUCUCAGCUGCAGAGCGCCGUGGCCGCCGCCGCUUUGGUCAGCCGGCCAGGUAAGCACGAGCAUGUGACCCAGCGCUCUGUCCAGAUUUCAAAAGUGAGCAGCAGCGGAGUCGGCGGCAACAGGAAUAUGAGCGGAGGUAGUGCCUCAUCCACUGCAUGGAAGAAGCAGAGCAACAGCAACAAAGGUGUGACAAUGGCGUACGUGAACCCGAGCCUGAGCGGACACAAGUCCUCGGCCAGCGUAGACGCACGCCAGAGGGAAUACCUGCUGGACAUGAUACCCUCUCGCUCGUCCAUCUCGCAGACUGCAAAUACGUGGAAAUAGAAAUAGAACACAAAUAAAUCAACCUUCAGCCAGUUCGACCCACUUCUUGGCUUUUUCCAGUCAUGGUCAACAGAGUACUCUGGAGGACAGUUUGGCAAAUACAAUUUCUGAAAAGUGAAGAAAUGUUUCCUUCCUGUCGUUUUUUUUGUAUGAUUUUCUUCUUUACUGUUCAUUUUAAGGUUGGCUGUUCCAUAUAUACCGUAUUUUUCGCACCAUAAGGCGCACCCUCAUUGAAUUUUUUAUUUUAGAAAUUAUUUCAUAUAUAGGGCGCACCGGAUUAAAAGGCGCAUAAAAUAGAAGCUAUACUGCAACAAACAGGUUUACUAGCGUUGCAGUAUGCAUCCAUUAGCCAAUAAUGACCCUCACUAAACAAUCGCGUUUCUCAAACUAUCUCCUAUAAAAGUGAUCGGAACCGACUAAAGUUCGAUCUAACACAUUGGUAUUGCUUACUUAUGUUUCCCUUCCAUA